CCCUCGGAGUUAUACUCGCAACCGUUAAACGCUCGCCUUCGCACCGAUCCCAGCCUGAAUUAAUAGUUGGCCGCGACUUAGGUAGUCGGACUUGACAUUCGGCGUCCUCGUCGGAUCGUCAACUCCAAUCUAGCGAUCGCGAAUCCAUGCAGGACAUGCACGGAGUCGUCACCCUGACGAGUGAGCCUCUCUGUUUUUCGAAGUGACGACGGAAAAUUUCGAAUCCUGUCGACCACGGCUCCGGUGCGAUGCCGAUGCGAUUAAGAAAAAAAUGGACUCGAUUCGAGUGCGGUGAUCGCUGAUCAGUGAAGACCACAAGUAAACCGUUGCUCAGCAUCUCGCUCAGCAUCUUUAUCAAUGCAACGAUUCGCAAAAGUGCCGUUCUCUUUUCGAACUCUCCGUCUAAUAUCCGUCGAAUUUUCUUCCAAAUUUCCUGCCGAUCCCGUUUCUCGAUCGAAACAGUCGGGUGACCCCAAAAGAUCCCGGUCGAAGUAAUCGGAGCAUUCGCAACGAGCAGGUGAUGCGCGAUCGUUUUCUCUUCGAGAUACCGCCCUACGAAUAAUUCAUAGCGAAUGCGAAAACGCUUCGUCAGAAUGAACCUCGUGACGAAGCGCGCGUUCCGCUCACGUAAGAAUCUAAGAAUCGUUCUAACAGUGAAUUCGAAUUUGGAAUAUCAUCGGAUGUUCCGUACCUGGUCUUGUCUCAUCGUCGAGUGAUUAUGUUCGAUUUGUGUUUCGAGUGCUUGCACAACACAUAUUUUCGUAUAAUUGUCUUCAGACUCUUGAUAGACCUCGCUGAGGAAAGUUCGUUGACUUGGAGUCGGGAUUCGCUAUUUAAACAAGUUCUACGAAAAGGAAACAGUUCGCACAAAACUUCAUUAUUUGUUGUGGGUUUUGGAUAAACUCGCUUAUUGAAAAACAAAAAAAAAAUGGUGUCGACACGUCAAUCAAGUAACAUGGGGAGUAGUGGUGGCAGUGGAUUAGUUGGUGAAGUAGAAGUAAAUUCGUUAAAAAAGCAACCUUCUGUAACAGCUGGCACAUCCAAUAAUGGGGCCACCAUUGAAUCGCGCAACUUGAAUCUUCUGGAUUUACCUGUCGAAGUCCUUGAGAAAAUCUUUGGCUACCUGGGUUUCAAUAUGGUAGCCCAUAUGCGUUUGGUUUGCCAUCAACUGGACCGCAUUUGUGGAUCAAUGCUGAACUCUACGUUUCAAAAACUACAAGCUCAAAUGUUAAGCCGUUUUCAGGCUAUCAAAGCGCAAAUGCCCAGACGCGAGUCUGCGCGUCGAAAUCAUCCGUUAGCAUGUGAGUCGGAUAUUAUUGAAACUCUACAUAUGCGACUUACUCUGCUGCAAAUGAGUUUCGGCAAGCACAUUGAACGGAAGCAUUGCUGCUUCUUCCCUGGCGAGAUUUUAGAUGAAGUUUAUCACAUUCUCCAUUAUAUAAAAGUUACUCCGAAAUUACAAAGACCUUACAAAGUCACAGACGAAUUGUUUGAUCUGAGUACUAUGGCUAUGGAAUAUUUCAAGGAACACAUUGAACCAACAUUACCAGAAAUACCUUACUUCGGUGCCGACUUUCUGGAUCUUGCAGGAACAUUCUCUUCUUCUAGUAGCGUGAGUAAACCAUUUAUGUGCCUGGAUUCCACACCCUUGACCAUUGGAAAUGGAAAAACGGGCAAUGCUGGUGAAGAAGAAGGUUCCUCGUCGCAUUGUUCAGACGAUCCCGCUCUUUUGGAAUCCAAUGUAUCACCACCACAAUCGAACAUGGUUUUGCGAAAACGAAUUCGCAAGAUUAAACAGGGCAUGAGACGAUACAACAGUCAGCUAACAUUGAUGCGUAGGGAUUUGAAGAGUUGCAAGGCGAAAAUUGCGGAUCAACAGAAACAAAUCGUAGAAUAUGCUACUCGAUUGGAUGAUAAUGACAAAAAGAAUGAGGAGACGUCACGAAAAUUCAGCACACUUCUACAGGAGUUGAACAAGUGUAAAACUGAGUUACAAUAUUGGCGCUCCAAGUCACCAGCAAUACCAGUGUGUGUAGGUUGUGGUCAGUCAAUGCCAGUCCCUACAGAAGAUUUACAAGCUUUAGCCAAUCAGGGAGUGCUGCCGGAUGCGUUUGGCGAAGGACACGACUUUAUUCCCAUCGCGGAUGCUCAUAGUCCCACCGAAGUGGUACAGCAAUCUGUAGUUACGCAAUCUCCGUCGACGCCGACAGUGGACAUGGCACCCCCAAAGGCUCCCGUGCCUUCAAUAUCUUUUAAACGGAAAUCUAUCGUGGAAGAAACGUCGGGCGAUGCCGCGAAAAAAUCACGUCGCACUGCCAAGUCUCGUCAGGCUAAGCGCUCAAAAAUAUAAAUUGAUAACACUGA